AUGGACGGUGCCGAAGUGAAGAAGCGCGUCCUCCCGUCCUGGAUGACCGAUGAGAAUUCUGGGAGCAAGAAGCCGCGUCCGGCCGAAGUAAGGAGGAAGAAGAAGACACAAGUGGCGCCCAGGAAGAGAACCUUGUAUUGUAUGAAUGAGAAGGAGCUGAUGGAGUUCGCCCUGGAGAUACUGAACCAGAAUAAAGACAAGAGCGACACCGAGGAGAAACACAACGAAAUUCCAGAAGAUAAGGAGGACACUGAGGAGAAGCCGCCAAUAUCUCCGGCCUCCGAAGAACUCAGAACUGUCCCACCGCUCCCUGAUGUUUCUGAGGACCCCAAGGAAGACUCUGACGACGACCCCUUAAAAUAUGUAAGGGAGAUUUUUUUCAGCUAA